AUGUACACAACCAGGAACCAUGUAGCACAGCUUAUAUACAUUGCACGAACCCGGGUCCACCUCUUCCAUACAACCACCAUGAUUGGCUACACUCAAAUCCCAAACCUGCUAAUUCCACAACGGCCUUUCCUCACAUUCGACCCGAAGACCAAAAAGAAAAACCGCAACAUAACGUUUCGUCAAAUCAAAAUCAAUUUAAUCAGCACCACUCAACGAUCUCGGGCCAAAUCGCCAUUUUGCACAGCCGGCAAACCCGAAACGGCUCCUAGUACAACCCCGGAGUACGACCUGAUACCAAUAUUUGGAAUUCCAAAUAUACUUGGCAACAGCUUUAGCCAAAAGAAAGCAAACAUGGGGUCGCCCGAUACUUUCCCGACAUUGGAGUCCCUUCAUUUCCCGUCGGCACAGCUGUCAAUCUCUCAGACGCUUUCGUCUCUGCGUCAAUCAGCGCUUUCUGUCGCCAACCGGCUCCAGUCUAUUGAGACCGAUGCCGCUUUUGCGCAAGAGGUCGCUGACCACUAUGGUUUACCUCUGGUGGCUAAUGAGCGCUGCGGAAGCUGGUAUAUCCCGCCUACGGCCAAGGCUGGCAGUGCUUAUUUCAAAAGCACCGAUGGCCACACCGGUCAGUGGGAUUUUAGCUUUCGUAGGCUGAACUUGCAGUUGCUCCCGCUAGCUAGGGAUCAUGGGGGCUGUGUAAUUGUGGACUCUACUCGCCGAGGAAAACUGAUGCCAGACGCAUUAUCAAAAACCGUCCCAAUCUGGAGCGCCGUCCUGAACAGAGCCCUGUUUCCAUCCGCAACUGCAUAUCACCCAGUCCGUCUUCCACCCGAUUACCUGGGAGCAUCGGAAGAAGCGCAGAUCGAGAGUCGAAUCGUAGGAUUUGUGCAUUCACUAAAGAGCCUAAAACUCGAUCUGGACAACCUGCGCCAGCAACUAGGCAAACCAAUCGAGAUCGCCUGGGCAAACAGGACAUAUUUCCACCCGGAAGAUCUGCACACGGGCGAUGAGUACAAUCUGUUCGUACUAUGCUCCGCUUCGAGGCGCGUGCAUGGCGCUGAAAUGUCUGAGGGUGGAUACAUCCAAGGCGCGGGCGAUGAUAGCGAGGCGUGGGCGUAUGGGCUGACGCCGCCAGUGUUCUGGGCCAACCAGGCUGUUUUGAAGAGUACACCUGAAGACGAAUUGCCGGGGCUUAUUGACCGGCUGGUGGCUGAGCAUAAGCUGCUGGACGUGGCUCACCACGCGACGCUCAUUUCUCCCACGCGCAAUUUGUACAUUGGCUCGGGGGCCGGGGUUGAUGCUGGAGGUCAGUAUGAUCUUCUCAUUGAUUGCAAUGGAAGUGCUGCGGCUGCCGAAGCCAAUGCGAAGCGGCUUAAUUUGGGCUGUGACUCUGGGAAGCUGGGAAGUCGGGAUCUACGAAAACGUCUGGAUAAGGUGCGUGAGUUUAUCGGCGUCCGUCUUGGGGCGGAUUCGUCGCUGUCGGUGCUGGUUACAUGUGAGAAUGGGAAGGAUCUUUCGGCAGGGACGCUGCUGGCGAUAGUCUGUCUGUUUUAUAACGACGAGGGUGGCUUCGAUGCCUCACUGAGCAAGCGUGCGAUCAGCAAGCAGUUCAUUCGACAGCGUCUAGCCUGGCUCGUGUCGUCAAAACAUGACGUGAAUCCGUCUCGCGCCACGCUUCAAUCUGUCAAUGCUUUCCUGAUGCAGCCGCCGGAUUAUUGA